AUGGUCGGCUUCACCUUUCUCACUGGUUCCACCACCGGAGCAAUCAGUAGUGAUGCCGAUAAGAAAGAGAAGGAUCUAAAUGUCUCGUGUACAUCCGUCAAUUCGACGUCAACAACGCUUUCGGAGGAAACGCCUGCUACUGCGCAGCGGCGAGACCGAGUCAGAACCUGGGGAAACGACAGCGUAGCAUCUGAAUCCCGAUUCGCACGAUGGGACUGGCAGUCCAAAGCGCGGUGGAAAGUCCGUUGGACCUGGGUUUUCCACGACGCCUGUCUGGGUAUCUGGAACGCAGCAAAAUGGAGUGCGAAGAAGAUUAAGAAUGCGCCGUUGUGGAAACAUGUGCGUUGGAGCAAGAAACAGUUUUACGCUUUCUUGUUGGUGGUCAUUUGGGUCGUUCUGCCCUUGACAUUAAUCAGCUACUUGACACCCAUGUCAAUGAUUUUUGCGGAUAAAACGCUGAGUUGCGGUGACGGUUUCUAUGGACAGCCUCAGAAUGCUACGGUUACUGGGAUAGAGAAACUCUUCGCGCUUGAUUUUACAUUUGGUAAAUUCAGCUUCUCGCAGGUCAAGACGAUUGAUAUCUUGUGGGAUUUACUGGUCGGAAGAGGCGCGCAGGCGUUGGCUUGGUGGGCUAGUUAUAACGUUUUUUGCGAUGCGUUACUCAGAGCGAUCGAACGGCAUCCAGCGAGUUUUGAGAUUUUCCAGAGGAUUGCUAUGGAAGGCCCCGGAUUACAUUCUCUGUGGACGUUGACAAAAGAGUUGUGGGCUGCGAAGAGUGCGAGGACACGCGCGUUGUUCUUUUACAUGUUUUGGUCGACAGGCUACGUGCUCCUUGUGCCCAUCGUACUAGGCGCCAUGACAGGUUACGACAGUACGAGUAUUGCGUGGAUUGAUCUCGAUGGAGAGAACAACAUCAUUCCUGCGAGUCAAUUACAGCAGACAUGGGUCAUCAAGGGAACAGUCAACGUGACAAACACCGGGACGAAGAAUGAGACGUUCAAACAACCCGCUUGUGCGGAAUAUCAUCUCCAGUACGACCACAACAGCAUUGUGUAUGGUAGGACGCAGAACUGCGAUUGCCAAUUCCCCAACGGCACCAUGGUCACCUCUGAAGAGCGAUUCAAAGACUACUAUAGUUACUACUACCACUACUACUACCAACCCCGUUACGAAGACUGCUCCUACUACUACCCCAACAACACACAGACCUGGAUAGAAGACAACCUCUCCAGUAGCUCCGAUUCACGCACCGACCUCCGCGACACAUACUCAUGCAACGCCACCAUCCCCGUGACCGUGAACGGGAAGACUUAUGACGCAGACGACCUAGAUGGAGGAUAUGGCUACUGUUACAACUCCGUGGGUUACGACUCUUCCUACCUUAUUGAUAAAUCGCGUUGCCUCCCCGAUACAGCGAAUCCGUCAUAUCAAUGGGGUUUCGCGACGCUCAUGUCGGGCUUGUUCAUCUUUGUUACGGCGGCUUGGACGCUGAGUAUGUAUGUGCUUUGGCAGGAUGCGCAGUUCAAUUGUAAGCUCGUGAAGGAGGGGUAUCGACUCACGCCGUUGAGAGCAGCGUUCGCGAUGGUGGUGGCGGCGAGGCGGCGGACGGGGUUGGGUGGGAAGGGGUUGGUGAGGGCAAAGACGGGGGGUUUAGAGAGGGAGUUGUUUGGGAAGAAGGGGACGAGGGGUACGGUUAUUGAGGGGCAUUUGUUCCUGGAGAAUCCGGAGGAUGGAGAGGAAGAUGGGUUGAGGACACCGGAGUCGCCGCGGUCGCCGUUGUCGCCGCCGAGUCCGGCUUUUACGCCAGGGAAGGAGAGGGAGAAAUGUUGGCCCGUGUCGCCUUCAUCGGUGGAGGAUCAUGAGAUUAAGUCGUUGGUGAGGUCCGAUACUGAUAUCUCGUUCCAUGUACUUGACGAUGAGGAGUUACGGAAGAGGUAUCUGAGGGGUGUGGAAGAGGCUAGAUUAAGUCGGAAACCGCUUAGUCGGGAGUCAACGUGGGUGGAGGAGAGCAUGUGGGAGAGGGGUCGUGAUGGACAGGCUCACGAUGGUCAUGGAGACGACCACGAUGAUGACAAUGACGAUGAUGACGAUGAUGGAGAAGAUGGAGAGAAGAAAGGUGAUGAGAAACAGGAUAGCGGAAAGGGUAAAGGGAAAAGUAGGAAUCGGUUGAAGAAGACCAGACGCUCUGGUUGA